CUCCCGCUUUGCCAACGCAUUCCUUUCAUUGCAGUAUGAGUAAGUAACGUCUCUGCCACCAUUAUGUAUAACUUGUAACAUUUUUUAUCGAUUUAGCCAGCUAAAAAUAUGGACUCGGAUCACUUCUCGUCGUGUACUUUAAACUUAGUUUCUGUCCAUGUAGUCUUUUUUUCAGCUUUAUCGUUAUGUCGCCAGGGUAGAAUCAUGCAUAUUGACAAUAAUGAUUUUUCUUUCAUUAUUUAUUGCAUCAAAACUGGAAGAAAAUUCGUGAAUUUCCAUUAACAGUUCGGCGAAAUCUGGCAAAUGAGUUUAGAGCGGGGGUGAAAAGUGGGGGUGCACCCCAUCGGCUUGGAAUCUGACCGUUGCCGACUCUAUUCGUUCUUUUGCUGUGCUCGUGUGUGGUUGUGUGCUGUUGCUCCGCAAACCCAACGUGAUCAAUAUGGCUGACACUGCUUCCAAUACACCUACCCCCGCUGCUGCUCCUGAAAAGAAGAAGGCAGCGAAGAAAUCACCAAAAGCUGCCAAGCCCGCUGAGCAUCCUAAGUACAGCGAAAUGGUUACUGCAGCCGUGGCUGCUCUCAAGGAACGCAAAGGCUCUUCUGCUCGCGCCAUCAAGAAGUACAUCGCCGCCAACUAUAAGGUUGAAGAGAAGUCAAUUGGAACUUAUGUUCGUUCUGCUUUGAAGCGUGGAGUAAGCUCCGGACAGCUAACUCAGGUCAAGGGUAGUGGAGCUAACGGCUCCUUCAAACUCGCUGAGUCUGCAAAACCCAAGAAGGAAAAGAAAGAAAAGGCAGCUAAGUCGCCAAAGAAAGCCACACCCAAGAAGGCUGCUGCCAAGAAGCCUGCCAAGUCUCCCGCCAAGAAGGCCACUAAGUCCACUGAGAAGAAGGCAGCCAAGAGUCCGGCAAAGAAGGCCCCAAAGAAGUCUCCAAUGAAAGCUGCAAAGAAGACCGCCAAAUCGCCUGCCAAGAAACCCGUUGUAAAGAAGGCAAAGAAACCCGCUCCCGCUGUCAAGAAAACUGCUGCAAAAAAGUAAAGUACUUCAUCAGUCAAUAAAACUUAUUAUUUUUUGAAAAUG